GCCAUUUUGAAAGUUUCUUCAACUGUCUUUCGAUUUAACACUUUCCUUUCUGCWCGUGUUACUACUAGAAUUGAAGCUAAAAAUGGUUCGCCAUAACAAUAUGAUCUCUAAUGGCCAUUUCCAUAAGAAAUGGCAACAAAGAGUGAAAACCUGGUUCGACCAGCCUAUGAAGAAACUCCGGCGUAAAGCUCUACGUGCUAAGAAGUCGCGUCUGGUGGCUCCAAAACCUACUGAACUUCUGCGACCUUUGGUGCAUUGCCCUAGCGUACGGUACAACCGUAAAGUUCGAGCAGGACGUGGAUUUACUCUUCAAGAGUUGAAACAGGCUGGUAUGAAUGACAAAUAUGCGCGAACUUUUGGGGUUGCUGUAGACCCCCGACGCAGAAAUCGUUGYAUUGAGUCAAUYGCUGGUAAURUCCAACGAUUGAAAGAGUAUAAGAGAARGUUGAUUUUGUUGCCUGAGAAGAAUCARACUGUARAAAUUGAUGAUGGAAAAGGUUUGAAUAAGGUUACAGGGGCUCYAAGUAAAAUUAAGGCGAGAAAAGUGAGUGAASAGRAGAAGAAAUUUGAAGCUUAUGUCACUCUGAGACGUGCUAGAUGCGAUGAGAAGUAUGCCGGGAUUAGGAYGAARCGGAAGCUUAAAAAAAGUGAAGUUUUUGAGRGUGGCAAAGUUAACUGAUUUGUUUUUCUAGUUUUUUGAGAAAUAAAGUUAAGCUUUUGUCUACA